UUGGCUCAGGGGAGGGGCAUGCAACUUUAGAUGGUUGUAAUUUGUAAUUAUUUUAGAUUUUUAAAGAAAACAUGCAGCCAGGUUUGGAAAGCAUGUUUUACUUUGAAUAUAAAAGAGAAACAUGCAAAAAAAAAAAACUGAAGAAAACAUGCCCUCCAAAAUAACUAAAAGUGAAUACAGAUACAAAGAAAAUAAACAUAAAAUAAAAUAGAAAACAUGCAAAAAAAGAAGAAAUGAUGAAAAAUAAAAAAAGAUAACGUGCAAAAUAAAUAAAGAAAACAUGCCCUCCAAAAUAAAGACAAAUAAAUCAAAUAAAGAAGGAAAAAAACAUGCAAAAAAUAAUGAAAACGUGUGUUUUACUGUAUUACAGCCAUAAACUGUAAAAACAGAAAUUAUUAUUGGAUUUCAGAUUUUGGUCUUUGGACCUUCAUGAGUUUCCAUCAGAAAAAACCACAACCAGAUUAGGAACCCCCUAACUGCACGUGUACACUCAGAACAGAUAAUAUCUGAUGGUUAUAUGUGAAAGAAAAUCCUAGAACACUGAUGUUUAGGCUCAAGUCACAUUAAAAUAUCAUGUGUAGAAGCAGAGAUGUGCACGUCUCUGUGUGAGCCCUGAAUUUACAUUGAUCCACAGAGUUUAUAAUGGUAUAUUUUAAUAUGUUUUAAUAUGUACGACUACAGUUUUCUCUGGGUCAAACCUCAGACUGACUGGACGACUAUGUCAGGACUUAAAAUCAGACGUUUGCCACUACAUCGCCUUUUUAUUCUGUGAUCAUCCUCAGCUUCUCAUCCCCGCGGAGGUGAAGAGCUGAACUCAACAUGGCCGCUCAGACGGUGUUCUCAGUGGGGAUGUAUCCUGUCGGUGUGUCUGUGAUGGAAGACGUACAGGGUGACAUGCCUGGAAACACACUCCCCGCCCCCCAGCUGGUGAUGCUGGCCAACGUGGCGGCAGUUACAGCAGCAGAGGGCGGCGGCGGAGACGGCAGCGCUGCAGACGAGAAGGAGAUGAUGGAGCUGAAGACUGUGGGAUGCACCUACUCGGACAGCGAGGAGGAAAACAUCAUCAGGUACAGCUAUGAUAACCAGAACCACAGAGAGGUGUGUAUCAUCGAGUAUCCUGAGUCGCCCGGCCCGCCCAUCCAGGCCGUGAUCGUAGGGAACCACCUGCAGGAGGAAGAAGAGUGCAAUAGGACAGGUCUUGAGCUCUGUCUCCAGCCCUGCCCCCCAGCCGCCACCAAAACACCUGUGGAGGAGGUCCAACGCAAACACGCCCCUGCCCCAGCAGCCGUGCUGGAGAGCUCCAAGAAGAAGAAACCCUUCUACUGUAAGCCAUGUCAAUUCCAGGCUCAGAACGAGCAGGAGUUUGUUGAACACCUCGGCACUCAUGGCGUCAGUAAAAUGAUGGUGGUGCACCGGGUGGAGGCCAGGAGCAGGACCAGGGCCAAGGAGGCUGAGACAACCGAGUCUCAGGCACCGUCAGGUGGGGAGGCGGAGAAUGGUGGGGACGCAGGCACAGCAGUGGCAACGGGUGACAUCAAAGGGCUGAUCAGGUGUGAACGGUGCGGCUACAACACCAACAGAUACGACCAUUACAUCGCUCACCUGAAGCACCACAGCAGGGAGGGCAGCGACCACAGGGUGUUUAAGUGCACUCUGUGUCCGUACACCACCGUCAGUCAGUACCACUGGAGGAAACACCUGAGGAAUCACUUCCCCAGCAAACUGCACACUUGCAACGAGUGCUCCUACUUCUCUGACCGCAAGAGCAACUACAUCCAACACAUCAGGACACACACAGGUGUCCGUCCUUUCCAGUGUCCGUACUGUGACUACUCCAGCUCUCAGAAGACCCACCUGACCCGACACAUGAGAACUCACUCAGGUGAGCGCCCCUUCAAGUGUGAGAGUUGUAACUACCUGGCAGCCAAUCAGCAUGAGGUGACCCGCCACGCCCGGCAGGUCCACAAUGGCCCCAAACCUCUGUCCUGCCCCUACUGCGAGUACAAGACUGCCGACCGCAGCAACUUCAAGAAGCAUGUCGAACUCCACCUCAAUCCUCGCCAGUUUCUCUGCCCUCUCUGCAAGUACGCCGCCUCCAAGAAAUGCAACCUGCAGUACCACCUCAAGUCCAGGCACGCCGGCUGCAACGUCCCCGUGGACAUCUCCAAGGUCAAACUGCGCAUCAAGAAGCCCGGUCUCGAUGGCACAGAGGAAAACACAGACCCCAGAGCAACCAAGUUUGACAACUCAUCCAGCAUGGAGGAGGAAUUUGACAUGGACGAGGAUGCUGCGGACGAGGAUGAGGGUGCGAACUCGAGUCCCAUCAAUCUGUCAAUCAGAGAGAGCAGCCAGCCUGAUGCCGCCCAACCAGUGCAGAGUGAAGCACCUGACAAGACGCAGAAGAAAUCCACCAUCACUGCAGAGAAAGAGAAAGUACAAAAAACAAAGGAGAAGGCGGAGCCAGAGAAAAAGGUCACAAGCAGGCAGAGGAGGAGCGAGAAGGUCAAUGAGAGUCCUCCAGAGAAGGAGCCAACAACAGUCGCUGUAAACACAGACAACAAGAUGAAGAGACGAGUCAGGAAACUGCCAGCAGAAAAAACAGCCCAGAACCAGGAGGCAGUGACGAACUCAGAAAAAUCCCAAACGAGGACAGACAAGUCUGAUCAGAGACCUGAGGAGGAGAGAGUUGUGAGACAGGAAGUGGAGAAGGUAGGAGAAAAGUUAAAGGUUGACAAGGAGAAAGAAGAUCAGAAGAAUGAAGGCAGUGUGAAGGAGAACAAAAGUCUCAACAAGCCAAAGAGGUCCCCGUCAAAGAAAUCUGAGAAAACAACAGAACAUGUCAAAGAUGCUCCGCAGAAGGUGGACAGUCCCGAGAAGACUCAGAAGGAGAAGGUGGUCAGAGAAAAGGCUGCGAAGAGGAAAGCUGUGGAGGCUCUCGAUCUGUCCAAAAAGUCCUCAUCUGAGACUCCGCCCAAAGCCAGACGGCUGAAAUCCAGUGCUGCCGAGAAGCUGCAGGAGAAGCCUGUUGUAGAAGGCACGAAGAAGACUAAUGAAGCCCCUCCUACUCCACAGAGGUCCAACAGGACGACUCCAGUGAGGCAGAAGAAGAACAGGAGCACCAGUAAGAAAGCUUCAGGCCUUCAGCAGACUGUGGAACCUGAGAAAGACAAGCAGACUUCAGUCGUCUGUCCGACCACAGAUGCUCUGGAAGCAUCCGCUCAGCCAGACACCACGACACCAACCACGCCAUCUGACGACCACCCGACAGGAAACAGCUUUGCAGCGAGCAAAGCCUCUGCUGAUGAAACCACUCAAACAGACAAGACUUUGGACAAACCCUCAGAGAAGAUGGAGGUUUCACCCUCCUGCAGCUCAGGUGAGGAAACGCCCUCUCCAGCCGCAGACCGCCCCGCUCCGACGUUCCUCAAACCGACAUCACCGCCGCCUCUGGUGCUCCCAGGCCAGCGAAGCAAAUCUGCUGAUCCAGAGGACGAUGAGGGCAUCCACAGCAGCCACGAAGGAGGAAGUGACAUCAGCGACAGCGCCUCUGAGGGCAGCGAUGACUCUGGCCUCAAUGGCAACGGCGCUGGCUCGGGCAAGAUGGCCAAUGACCCCGAAACACCCACUGACGAGAUCCCAACACCGACAGAGCUGAAGAGUCACCUGUGCAUCUUCUGCGACCGUACGUUCCCUCUGGAGGUGGAAUACCGGCGCCACCUGAACCGCCACCUCGUCAACGUCUAUUACAUGGACAACAUUGCCAAAGCACAUAAGUGAGACUCUGCAUCCAUGGCAACAGGCGUAGACGUGUCAUCAUUUGAAACUUUGGAUUCUGGUGCUCUGAAACAAAACUGAGCGGACAGGAAACACCAGUUUGUCCCAGUUAGCUGGACGUUAUUAACCCUUUGUCACAUGGUUAUAAAUAUUAACACACAGACUGCUCAUAUAAACUCACUGUAGGUCUGGUGGGAGGAGUCUACGCAGCCGCGCUCUGUUUAACAUGGUCAACCCUCCUCUGAUGAGACAUUCUGGUGAGUUCUAUUUUACAUUUAAAAACUGUCUGUCGUCACGCUGCCACCUGGUGUCCAUCCAGAGAACGGUUCGCACAGAGGCCUCAGGUCGGUGCAGGGUCAUGUCGGGGGAUUGGAGCCCUGCGUACCGCCUGACAGACAUUAGAGCUCAGAGAGGAGUCACUAAAUGUCAAGAUGAACUUUGAUUCUACACACAUUGUAUUUGUUUAAGCUUAGGGACUGUUCUGUAUUUGUCAGAAGAGGGGUGUGACUGCAGUGUGACCCUCCCUGAAGCUGCCUCCAACAUGAAUGAGUUAAAAAGGAGUUUAAAAAAAAAAAGGCCUCAGUUUUUCACUCUUGUGUAAACAGUUUAUUUUUGGCCAAAUUUUAAAUGAGACGCAGCCUAACGGGAUUUUGAUGAACCGUCAAAAUUUUAAGAUCAGAUUUGGUUUGGUUAUUUUCGGACCAAAAAAAUCCAAUAAUAAUUUCUGUUUUAACAGCUUCUGGCUGAUAAAUGUUGGAAUUUUGGUGAUUUUUAAAGAAAACAUGCUUGUUUCUUUUAUUUUUAGAUUUUGAAAGGCAUGUUUUAUUUUUUCAUGUUUUCUUAUUGUUCUUUUUUUAUAUAUAUAUUUUCCAUAUUUUCUGUUUUGUUUUAUUUCCUUAUUUUUCUUUUUUAUCUUUAUUUGUAUUUAUUUUGAAAGACAUUUUUUUGCAAGUUUUCUUUAAAAAUCAUAAAAAUAAAUGAAAAUACAGACAUGUAAAGCUGAUGCCCCUCCCAAGCCAAAAAUUAAAACAAGUCCAUCCCCAGUGUUUUUUUUUUAUUAUUAUUAUUAUUAUUAUUAUUUGAAAUUCUUUGACACGCCCCCUUUUUUUGCACCACUGCACCUUCACCUCAUAAAUAAAGAACAGUCCCUGAGGUGGAGGAUUUUCUUAAUGACAUCAGAUCAUGUUUCAUCUGCAGCAGCUUCACUAGUUUCCAUCGUCUCUACAAAUGAGUUUGGAUCAUUUCAGAAAUCAGACUUUUGUCUUUCAGUGAUUGAUGUUGGGAUGACAGUUGCCAUGGUAACAUCUGUCUGUUACACACCGCUGGGCUCGCUGUAAUAUUCUGUAUGUAGCUGAGUUUUGUGUCUAUGAUAAAGUGGAUUUUUUCAUUUUUAAAAACAUGGAGUGCCUUUGACAAUCAACUCUGUACAGUCACUUUGAACUUUUCUUCUUCUUUGUAUUCUGUUUUUAGACGGACGGUUCAAGUCUGAUUUUUUUCUCACCACACACUGUUUUUUCUUUAACUUGUGAAUAUUUGUCAUCUUUUUAUGAAACAGGGACACUGAACUAAACUGAGCUCUGAUUGGUUAAAGAAAAUCACACCGCUUAUUGUCGUAUAUCAGAGAUUAUUAUAUGUUGUGUGUUCCACGUGUAGAAACAUCCUGAGUCUGAACUUCACCUGAACCUGCUCUGAAGAGACGCUCCCCUGUAAAUAACUCAGUGCAAUAUUCCUUUAGUCGAGAAGCCAAAGUCAACGCCGAGCUCUUCUGUACAUGUUUAACUUCCUGUCGUCACUGAUCUCUGAUCUGUUUCUAACACGUGAAAGUUUGAAAUGACGGAAACAAACAUUGUAAGUUCAGAUCCUGAUGAAGUUUAACGUGACGAGACUUCUUCAGUUGUAAAUGUUUUAUUCUCAUCACAGUGACACGUGGAGGCGGCCGCCCUCUGUCCUCUGUGUGUGAUAUCAAACUGUAUAUUCAUGUUUCUGUAAACGGCCGUCACAUUAAAGGAUAAACUGGUG